AUGGGACUCUCUGAUGUCCAGCUCCAGCUGGUGCUGCUGUGGGCACUGGUGUGGGCACAGAGGGCAGGGUCUGUGUGUCCCUCCUGUGGAGGCCCCACACUGGCACCCCAAGCAGAAAGAGCUCUGGUCCUUGAGCUAGCCAAGCAGCAGAUCCUCGAAGGGCUACACCUGACCGGUCGUCCCAUAAUAACUCAUCCUCUACCCCAGGCAGUGCUGACCAGAGCCCUCCGGAGACUGCAGCGGGGAAGUGUGGUUCCAGCGAAUGGGGAGCAGGUCAUCAGCUUUGCUGCCAUCACAGACUCCUCCACCUCCACCUGCAGCUCCACGCUCACCUUCUACCUGUCCACGCCUCGGUCCCACCACCUGUACCACGCUCGCCUCUGGCUGCACGUGCUUCCCACCCUUCCUGGCACUCUUUCCUUGAGGAUUUUCCGAUGGGGCCCUAGGAGGAGACGCCGAGGGUCCCACGUCCUCCUGGCUGAGCACCAACUGACGGCCCCGGGCUGGCACGCCCUGACUCUGCCCUCUAGUGGCUUGAGGCAUGAGGAGUCUGGUGUCUUGAAACUCCAACUGGACUGCAGACCGCUAGAAGGCAACAGCACAGCUGCCCCCCAAACUCAGCAGCUCCUGGACACAGCGGGAGAGCAGCGGCCCUUCCUGGAGCUGAAGACCCGGCCCAAAGAGCCUGGAGCAGGCCGGGCCAGGAGGAGGACCCCCAGCUGUGAGCCUGAGACCCCCUUAUGCUGUAGGCGAGACCAUUAUGUAGACUUCCAGGAACUGGGAUGGCGGGACUGGAUCCUGCAGCCUGAGGGGUACCAGCUGAAUUACUGCAGUGGGCAGUGUCCCCCGCACCUGGCUGGCAGCCCAGGCAUUGCUGCCUCCUUCCAUUCUGCUGUCUUCAGCCUCCUCAAGGCCAACAACCCUUGGCCCUUGGGUACUUCCUGUUGUGUCCCUACUGCCCGAAGGCCUCUCUCUCUCCUCUACCUUGACCGUGAUGGCAACGUGGUCAAGACAGAUGUGCCAGAUAUGGUGGUAGAGGCCUGUGGCUGCAGCUAGCGAGAGGACCUGGGGGUUUGGAGUGAAGAGAUCAAACUAGGGGUUCCUAGGCAAAGGGCAUCUGUGUCUGGAGGCAUCAGAUUCCUGACCCAUACCUUCAUCCAGUGGGUCACCUGGCAAUAUGAAUGGGUUGACCCCUCUGGGACCCAAAUGGGCACUUUCUUGUCCAAACUCUGGCACAUCCCAGGCUGGUUGAUGUGUGGGGAGAUGGGGAAAGUGUGUCCUCUAAAGGA